AUGGUCGCCGCGGGCUGGGCCCACACGGUGCUGCUCAGGAGCGACGGCACGGCCGUGGCCUUCGGCUCGAAUGACCGCGGCCAGUGCGCCGUGCCGGCGCUGGACGGUGGCCUUAGCUACACGCAGGUCGCCGCGGGCUGGGCCCACACGGUGCUGCUCAGGAGCGACGGCACGGCCGUGGCCUUCGGCUCGAAUCGCGAGGGCCAGUGCAGCGUGCCGGCGCUGGACAGUGGCUUGAGCUACACGCAGGUCGCCGCGGGCUGGGCCCACACGGUGCUGGUCAGGAGCGACGGCACGGCCGUGGCCUUCGGCUCGAAUCACGCCGGCCAGUGCAGCGUGCCGGCGCUGGACGGUGGUGUAGCUACACGCAGGUCGCCGCGGGCUGGGCCCACACGGUUGCUGGUCAGGAGCGACGGCUACGGCCGUGGCUUUCGGCUCGAAUCGCGGAGGGCCAGUGAGCGUGCCGGCAAACGUCCACUCGGUGCUGCUCAGGAGCCCGACGCAUGGCCCGUGGCCGUCGGCCAGAAUCACAAUGGCCGGUGCAAUGUGCCGGCGCUGGACGGUGGCCUGAGCUACACGCAGGUCGCCGCGGGCUGGGCCCACACGGUGCUGCUCAGGAGCGACGGCACGGCCGUGGCCUUCGGCGAGAAUCGCGAUGGCCAGUGCAGCGUGCCGGCGCUGGACGGUGGCCUGAGCUACACGCAGGUCGCCGCGGGAAACGUCCACACGGUGCUGCUCAGGAGCGACGGCAUGGCCGUGGCCUUCGGCCUGAAUCACAAUGGCCGGUGCAAUGUGCCGGCGCUGGACGGGGCGCUGACGUACACCGCGCGCCUGCUCGUCGGCGCGACGCUGCUCCUGCAGGCGUCGCUCGACGGCGGCGCGGUGCGCUUCCUGACCCUGGGCGGGGUGGAGCGCUGCCGGGUGCGGGCGGCGCCUGGCGCGCCGCUCGCUGGCGUGCGCGACUGGCUGGCGGGCGAGCUGGGCGCGGGCAGGCUGGGCCCCGGGCUCGGCCGCGCCGACGCGGCCCUGCCAGGCGGACGGCUCCUGAGCGGGGCCUCGGCGGGCGAGACCGUCGCGGACGCCUUCGGGUUGUAG